ACGGCGAGCCCACUUCAUUCUCGAUUUCUCGCCAUCAGUGCCGCGCCAACCGCUGACAAUAACGCCGGUCGCAUCACCUGCCUCUCCGAAGUUUAUCGUAAAACCUUAUCGAGUUUAGUGAUUCCCAAUUGUUACUAAAAAAAUCAAAACGAAUUAGAAUAACGAAAUCAAUGGUAUUGUGAACAAGUGAAUCGAUUGUCUAAAAUUUUAAACAUCCACCAUCCAUAGACGCGUGGCGGAACAUAAAAACAAACUCUCGUGUCGAGUUUCGAAUGGUCCUCAGCAAUAAUUAGUUUCGUAAAAGUGAGUGUGUGUGCCGUGGACGCUUGGUGGUUCAACUAGAACUAAAACUUCUAGGCUUUUUUGUAUGUACUGAAAUUGAAUCGUGCCGCUCCUUCUGGAUUUACGGAUGUUGAAGUUGGAGUCUCCCGAGGUGCGCAUGGCGCUGCCGCUGCCGCCUCGAGCGCCUGACCCGACCGCGCUCGCAGCCUACUGGACUGAGUGCGAGGAGUACCUCUGUCGGCAGACCAACGCGAACCAGCAUGAAGAGGAGGAGAACCAUUACGAAGAAGGCGAAUUAGAAACAGAAUGGCUCCAAGCGGCGGGGUUGGGGUCCCUGGCGGCGCCGUUCCAGGCUGGCCAGGAGGUGACCGAAGCCCAGCUGGGUGAGGCCGUGCGUCCCCUGCCCAGGGAACAGGCCGCAGCAGUCCGGAGACGAGUGAGGAGGCUGAACAGAACUGUGAGGAGGAAGCGAGCAGCGUCAAGAGCUAGGAAGCCUGAUAUUAGAGAUGUCUUUCGGGACUUGGAGAAUUCGAGCGGCAGCGAGCCGAGGUCGCGCAGUGCGACUCCUGACUCACUGGACUCGCUGCCCAGCGGUGGGUCAGGUAGCCCACCGGCAGAGUGGGCGGAUGGGGCCACGCCACCAGAUUUCGUUGACAGCUUCCCGUCAGUAGGUGCGCACGCGCCGCUGGCCCGCACGCCAUCCGCGCCGGCCGCGCCGCGCCGGGUGCGACUGUCCCCCCCCGCGGUCGGCGCGCACUCCCCCCCUCUGCCCAUGCAUGAGCUCUUCAAACCUAAUGAUCUGCAUCUGGCUGACAUCGCGAGUAAUACAGAGGGUAUCGAGCUGCUCGGCUACCAAAGGUACGGGACUGUCCAGGGACCAAGAAUAGGGAAGGAACGAAUCAACGGAUCUAUACUCAAGGAUAAUGACCUAUUCAUAAGCAAACACGCGGCAGUUUCGCGGGCAAAAAGCGCUGCUUCUACACAACAACCCCUGAGUUUCGAACACAAGUUCAACCUGGACAGACAGAUGAUUGAUCAUGAAGAGGUGUGGCCAGAAGAAGACAGCACAGUCGACAUCGAGAGCGUAAGCGAGCCACAACUUAAACGACUACCGCCACUGCUGUGGUUGGAGCUGACGGCGCUGUUCGAUCGGUAUUCGCUGCCUUUCCAAAAGAGGAAGCCGCCCAAGAAAAAGCGGAAAGAAGAGGGUUCAGUAUUCGGCGUAUCACUCGAGACUCUCGUCCGCAAAGACAUGAUCAUGUGGGAGGAGACCUGGAGCUGUGUGCCCAGCAUCAUCAGAUCGUUGGCCGCUGCGCUAAGAGCUAGGUCGCAGGACGAAGGACUUCUGAGGGUGCCCGGGAACAAACAAAAGAUCGAAGCGCUCUGCCAGCUGAUAGAGCAGCGCUGGUACUCGGACCGGCAAGCAGUGGAGAGCGGGCUGGCGCGCGCGACCUCGCACGACCUCGCGGCCGUGUUCAAGCGGCUGCUGCGCGCGCUGCCGCAGCCGCCGCUCACGCAGGAGCUGAUGCGGCUGUUCUACAAUACUUAUGCCCUGAGCGGCGCGACGCAAGGGCGCGCGCUGAACCUGCUGGUGCUGCUGCUGCCGGCGGAGCAGCGCGCCACGCUGCGCGAGCUGCUGCGGCUGGUGCGCGAGAUCGUCAAGCUCAGCCACACCAACAAGAUGAGCGAACACAAUGUCGCUAUGAUCAUCGCUCCCACUCUCUUCCCGCCCAGUUUGCUGAUCAAGUCGUCAGACAGCCUGGAGACGCAGCUGGCGACGGCCGCCAACAGCUGCCACGUGACGGAAGCGCUGAUGCGGUGGUGCGACCAGCUGUGGACGCUGCCCGCGUCGCUGCACGCCGCCGCGCUGAGGAAGCCGCAGCCGCACCGCCGGAACCACCACACUUGAACACGUGAUGGUCACGUGACAUGACACGUGGGGAAAUGGAGGGAACUGAGUGGAUCGCCCGGUGUCGGCUGGACACUAUCGCAAACAGGAUUCUAUAUACAUUGCUGGUUUUUCCUUGGGUUGAAUAAAUACUCUCAUACAAACUACGCAAUGUAUAACAUUAGUGUUAACAUGAGUUUGGCGAUAGUGUAAAGCUGGCAUGGUGUUUGCGCGCUAUAAUAGUGAACCAAGAAAUGAUAAUUACAUUAGAAAAACGAACUCCUUGUUUGGGUAGUGUCGAAUAGUGAUAGUUCGAAUAUUGGACUCAAAGGUGAUAGGACUCCGAAUGAUAUUGUAGAUAGAGUUGCGAAUUACACCAGUGUGAAUGAAGACUUGGGAUCGACUGAAGCUGAUGUUUCAAUGAUCGUGAAAAUUUCAAAAAAGACAGGUACCUUUGUUUAAAGAAAUUAGUAACUUUUCUGACAUAGAUUAAUAGUUUCUUUACAUACAUUAUGCUAUAAAAUAGAAAUAUUUUGUCUAUUUAGCAAGUACGUCAAAAAAACUCGGCUGAAGUGAAUUUCAAGACUUUAUUCAAAUAAAGUACGAAUGGUAGAACCCUUGUAAAUAAAUUUAUAUACUGACAGUUUCAGUCAAAAUUGUGCUGUGUUUAAGUUAUCAUGAAUGUGAGUGACGUGAAUAUUUAAUUAUACUUAUACUCCGUGUUAAUAUGAUUGUUAACGCAUUUAGUGUGGUAUACUAAUGUGAAUGACAUACCAAAUAUUCAUUAUCUUCUUAGUGAUAUUAUACAUGUUUUUAAUUAGAUUCCAAGUGUAGAUAACUAUCAAAUAUUUCUAGUAACAAUAUAUUAAGAUAACGUGAUGUUUGGUAUUAGUCAGUCUUGACUGACGGGUAGCCUCGAAGGCAGUCGCACGAGGCAUAUAUGCUUUUGUCGGUCGAGGCAUGCAUCGCGCGAAGCACCCACAGACAUUGCCUCGUCCAAGGCGACUAUGAAACUACAGAUACUGGAGCCAGUACUCCCAAGAAGUCUUAGAUCCAAAAUACGCGUAUUGCUAUCUCUCUGAUGACACAUUUCACAACGCAAGUAGGAGAGGUCGGACCACAGAUGAAAGAGAUAACAAUAUAUGUAUGUACAAUACAUCAAAGAAUUAUUGUGAGUACCGACUCAGUAUUACCUAUAGCUUCAUGGAGCCGAAGAAUAUGAUCGCUCAGUCAGGACAUGGCAUAUAAAAAAUCCAGUUUAUGUGUAAAAACUUAAAAUUCCAUAUUUGAAAUGUGUGGUGCCAUCGAGUUUUGGAUGUUUUUAGUUACCAUUUGGCAAUGAUGUAGCGACAUGGUGCCUUUUCCGAUGAUAUUUUAUAAAUUUAAUCCUCACACAAUUCCGUGUAUUCCUUAUGUUUAAUUGUAAAUAUUUCGCACAUUGUUUUUGUAUAAUAUUUUACUAAUACUUUGACUAGGCAAGCAAAGACUGACUUGGUGUAUUAUUAAUAAAAUAUUAUUGAUAUUUCGCGAGUGUAUUCACUUCCAAUAUUGAAUAAAACUCAUAUUAUUACAUCAAA